GUGCUGGAGGAGAACGCGUACGUCACAUUCAUAAUGGCGGAGGUUGGGUGAAGAGGAAAAUGUGUCUGUGAAGCGGUACUGUAAGUGAAGAGCUACAUUGCCGGUGAGACGUGCACUGUCCCCAUAAAAUGGCCCUGAAUCCCGGCGUGGAAGGGAGGAAGGACACAGAAUGUACCGAAACGGACGGUAUCCGCUCGGAGGAGCGCAAAGGCGUGAGGAAUCUAGCGUCAACCGCCACCUCGGCCACAACCAACCAAAAUGGCGAUCGGAUUGUAUGCGAAGACAGGGUAAAGCCCGAGCAAGAAGCCCCUGAUCGGCGGAGAAGUGGGCAGACAGACGUCCAGAGCUCCCACAGUUCUCCUUUACCAGGCCCCAGACCCAGAGACGAGCCGCCUCGGAAGAAUUUCCAAAUCCCGAGGAAAAUGAAAGAACGGAAAGGUCUGUACCAGUGCCUUCCAACCGACAGCCGGGAGUUUGAGGACCUGGUGAAGAUCCUCUCCUCCUUCUACCUGGACUCCUCGUCGCGCGGGACCUUCUCCUACUGCAAAGCCAAGCUCAUUCACAAUGAGCUCCUGGAGAAGGAGUUUAUCGAAAAGCGGAGAGAGAUGAAGCAGGAAGGCCGGACCGAGCAAGAGCUGACCGAGUCCUACUGCUUCCUCUAUCCAGACAAGUCCAAGCUCCAGUGGAUCUGCGAGAAGGGGCUGACGGUGGGCCACUCCAGAAUCACAACACUAGGAAACCCAGCCGUGGGUGUUUAUCUCUCCAAAUACGCUGACUUGCUACAAAUCAACCCAUUUGAAGUGGGUUUCACUGGAGACAUGAUCGUCUUUAAAGUCAUGAGGGGCCGAUUAAAGCACAUUUACGAGAACAUGCCUAAGAACGCCAUGGAACCUGCACCAAAGUUUGACUGUCACGUUUCCAAGAACGCCAACAAAGUCACGUCACUACUGUCAUACCGCGCCUUCGAGCACACGCAGCAAUACUACUUUGAGUUUGCGUUUGAUGAGAUCAAAGCGCGGCCGAGGCACAUCUGUCCGUACGCCGUGGUUUCCUUCCAGAAUAAAGGCAAGGAGGCCGGGUCUGUGCCCUCUACUGUACACAGGUUCAACACGAUACCCCCCGAAGUCCGAAGAGGGAAGUGCUACUUGGUGUGGAGCGGCCUGCUGGUAAACAAGGGCCAGGAGCUGUUCCCUCUGUGUCUGCGCUCUUGUGGGCGACCCUACCUGCCUUUCAAACUGCCUGAGAGGCUGGAGGUGAGUCAGGGCAUGCAGCUGGACCAGGUGAAGAGGAAGAUUCCCUCGGUGCUUUUCUCGUGGGACUCGUACAACAUUUCGCGGGAAGUGCUGAAGUUCGGGAUGUCCUGCAGCCUGUUUGAUGUGGUGGACGGGAAGGGGAAAGGGGCCAGCGGCAGCCUAGCGGGCCUGAUCCACAAGCUGGAAAGAGACAGGAUGGUGCUAGUGAAGCCCUUGCACGACCGGGGCUUCCUCUUCCUGUUGUCUUCGGCACAGAUGGUCAACAAUAAAGAACCACGGGGGCGUUUUGAAAAGAGCCUUCAGGCAUUGUUCAUCUUUCAAGAGUCAAGGAUGGUGGUCAAGUAUUCGUCCAGACUAUGCGAGCCCGAGGCCCUCUCGGCGGACACCAAGCCCGCUGGCCUGUCGUCCGUGCUGCCGUUCUUCCCGGCGCUCCACUUCUCCCUGUUCAAGCUGCGGCCCCACCCGGGCAAGGACCUGAGCUCGUCGGUGGAGCGCCACUCCAACGAGUACCUGGCCCGCAUGGAGAGCGGCACGGGGCGGGCCUUCAUCCUGCCCGAGUACAAGCAGAACCUAGACGAGCGCACCAACAUCCACCCCGCUCCCCGGACCAAGCCCAACCUGGACGGUCUGCUGCGCAACUACGUGCACAGCCCGGCCACCUACGUCCUCCCCCUGAAGAAGGCCAAGGAAAUCGUGGAGAGGUCGCAGACCCCCCUUCCCCCCGUGGAGCCCCCCGCCCUCGCCCCCGUCCCGGUGGAGUACAGCCCCGUGUCGGAUUGGGGCGGGUCGGACCGGGGCUCGGACCGCGUGGACAGCAGGCCGGCGGAGGUGCCGUCGCAGGACAGACCGCCCCCCGAGAGGACGCCGCUGGACAGGCCGCGGCCGGAGGGCAGCCGCAGGCGGGCGUCCGGGGCGGCCCAACCCAACGGGGGUGCGUCCCAGCAACCGUCCCUGCCGGACCCCCAGGCUCUGGCCCAGAAACAGCGGAUGUCGCAGGACGAGUACGACAAGGAGAAGAUGAAGCAGCUGCUGAAGCUGAUUCAGCUGCACAAGAAGGCGCUGGUGAAGGAGCCGGCCAAGGGGCCGGGGGAGGGCAAGGAGGAAGGCAGCUGGGACCCCCUGGGGCUGAAGAGGAGGCUGGAGGCGGAGGACAGGGGAGGCGUCAACAAACGCCAACGCGCAGACCCCCUGAGCAACGGAGAGUCUAGCAGAGGCCCCCAGGCGGAGGACCCCCUGGAGGAGGCGGGGCAGGGCUACAACCUGAUGGCGGUGAUGGAGAGCAUGGGCAUCUACGACACGGACCUGCGGGCCACGCGCGCCAACGCCCACGGCUCCUCGGUGGGCGAGACCCAGCGGCUGCUGAAGAUCCUGCUGGCCACGCUCAACAAGGCCAUGUCCCAGGGCGGCGCGGCGGAGCCCGCCAGCGCCGGGGAGACGUCCAAACAGGAAGUAGGAGCUCAGAGGGAGCCGGUGCCCCCCGACCCGGACCUGAGGAAGCCCGGCGACCCCCCCACCAACUACGCAGAGGAAUCAACUCAGGAGGACAUGGACUGCAGCCCCGGGAGCCCCUUAAGCCUGGGCUCCCCGGGGGAGCGGCCCCACACCUCCGAGGACCCAGCCUGGAGGGCCCCCGCACAUGAAGAAAACGCUCAGCUGUUCCCCGAGCCCCUGGGCCUGGCGGGCAGCCAGCCAGAGCUCAAAGUGCCUCCGGUGGUGGAAGUGCAGAAGGCGGCCCCCGCGGCGGUCCCCCGGCCCACCGCGGCCCCCCGGCCGGUGGCUGCGACGGCGGUGGUGGAGGAGCCUGUGCACAGGCCCUCCAUCAGCCUGGACACCAUCCUCAAGCAGGAGGUGCACAGCCUCACCUCGGACAUCAGGAGCCUCAUGCGGGGCCAGCACAUCGCCUACACCUCCCAGCUGCCCCCGCGGCUCACCCCGCGCCAUUCCUGGCUGCCCAGCAGCUCCUUCUCAGACUUUGUGGUACCCUACGUCACCCCCGUCCCCGUCCAGGGACACGUCCGAGCACUGUGCGAGAAGAUGGAGUGGCUGGUGCCGGCGCUCCCGACUCCGCCCCCGCCGACGCCCGCGGCCCAGCGCGAGUCGUCGUCUCCCGCCGUCGCUUCCGUGGCCGCUGUUGACGUGGCGACGGCCCCCGCCUCGAUCCCCACCCCUGCCCCGACCCUGACCCUGACCCCCAAAACCAAAGUAGAGCCCAAGACCCCCCUCUCCUGCUGCUCCUCUUCCUCCUCCUCCACCUCCUCGGGCUCCAAGAGCAUAGCCGCCGCCCACGGCGAAAAACCGGCCGGCGCCAAAGACUCGCCGUCGACCAGGAAACAGGGGGACGCCUCCGAGGUGACCGGAGACGUCUAUUCCCCCUCGCACGUUACAGACUCCCCGGGGUCCCAAUCCAACCACAACUCUGCCUCAACCACGGCGCUCGCCGGCUCUGGCUCUGGCUCUGGCUCUGGCUCUGGCUCUGGCUCUGGCUCUGGCUCUGGCUCUGGCUCUGGCUCUGGCUCUGGCUCCGGCCCCGGCCCCGGCCCCGGCCAAGGCUCCGGCUCCGGGUCAGACCUGCUGGCCAGCAGCCUCAUCGGGCAGCUGAAGCCCGAGGUGUUCAGCAGCCUGAUGGAGGUCUUCAAGGACGUCACCAAAAACACGGUCAAGUUCUACAUCUACGCCAGCGAGGAGGCGGACGAGAGCGCCGUCUGCAAGGAGAUCAAGGAGUACUUGAUAAGUCUGGGCAACCGGGAGUGCAGCCCCCAGACCUUCCUAGAAAACAGCAGCUGCUUGGAUAAACUACUCAUCAUCAUCAUGAAUGAGGACAUCGCGGCACACGUGCAUAAGAUCCCGGCCCUGGUCUCGCUGAAGAAGCUGUCGGCGGUGAGCUUCGCCGGCGUGGACACCCUGGACGACGUGAAGAACCACACCUACAACGAGCUCUUCAUCUCCGGGGGCUUCAUCGUGUCGGACGAGUUCGUCCUGAACCCGGACCUGAUCUCCCAGGAACGGCUACAGGCACUGCUCAAGUUCCUAGAGGACCAGAGUACCCCCGAGCAGCCCUGGCAGUGGAAGGUGCACUGCAAGUCCCAGAAGAAACUCAAAGAGAUGGGGAGGUCAGUGUUGAACACCAACGCCAUGGCCCUGCUCAACCUGCUGACGGCCUAUCAGAAGAAGCACCUGGUGGAGUUCCUGCCUUAUCACGAGUGUGAUGCCCAAUCACGACAGGCGCCGGACUUGGACUGCCUGAUCAAGCUGCAGGCCCAGCACACCCAGCAACGGCACUUGAUCUUCCUCACGGAGAGACCGUUUGAGAUGUUCCUUCAGUACUCCAGGAAUGGAAUAGUGAUCGCGAGCAUCGACGACAUCAUGAACGGUUUCCACAGCCUGAUCGGCGCCAUCAAUCAGAACGAUUUACCAACACCGCCCUCUACUGUAGUGAAUGAUGAGUGUGUGGAGGAGGACAUGUCUCUAGACUCGGACGACGGCGAGGGCCCGGUCAUAUCGGACUCGUCGGAGCCCGGCAAGGAGCCCCCCGCCGCGGCGCCCCCGCCCCCCCCGCUGCCGGACGCGGAGGAGUUCCGCCCCCCGCUCCCGGAGCAGCAGAACCCCUCCUCCUCCGAGGGCGUGCCCAACCUGUCCGACUACUGCCGGCUCAAGACGGCCAUCUCCCAGUUCAAGGUGGCCAACCCGCAGGUCUCUGAGGCGGCGGGCAGCCUCUCCCCCGGGGGCUUCAGCGUCAACCCCCACCAGAGCUUCCUCUGUCCCCAGGCCUCGUGGGCCGGCUACACGGGGGCCUCAGGCUACAACCCCUCGCCCGCCUACUCCGGCUCCCCGUGCAGCAGCGCCGCCAACGCCGCCGCCGCCCCCAACCCCCAGGAGCUGGACUACCGGCCCCCGGGCGUCGGUGCCGGGGAUGUCCCGGCGUCGCCCAAGACCCUGCUCACCAGCAUGGCCUCGCUGCCCAUGGAGGUCAAGCCCCCACCCCCACCCCACCUCAUGCUGCUGGGCCACACGUACGGCUCGGACGUCGGCGGGGCCUUUAACAACCACGCGCCCUCCGGGGGUCCUCCUCCUCCCGGCCCGCUCUACGCCGACAGCACAGGGGCCUCCGCCGGCGGCGUCCCCCCUCCGCAGGGAGACCGGACGAUCAGCGGAGCCGCCGAGGCCAUGUGGGGGGCGGCGCUGGCGGGGAACGCCGGCUGCGGGGCCGACGGGGGCCAGCCGACAGGGGCCCACCCGGGCCCGGCCUCGCACAACAGCGGGCUCGCCACGGGCGGGGAGUGGGCUGAAACGGGCAACGGAGCCCCGGGGGGCCAGGGGGGCCAGGGGGGCAGGACAACGCUUCACUGUGCAGACGGCCCGGGAGCCGCCGUGGCUGUUCCCACAGCGGCCACCAGGGGGAGCCCGCUGGUCAGGCCCAAGAUGCCUGCGCACGGGGGCUACGGGAACAGGGGCGCCAUGCCAGGACACAUGGAUCACGGGUCCAUGCGAGGCAACAUGGGCCCCGGUUCAUUAGGGGGCUUCCGGGGGAGGGGGGCCCCACCCGGAGGGCCGUGGCCCAUGCCAGGCCGAGGUCAGGAGCCCAGGGGGGGGAUGGGAGGGGGACCCUGCUCUUGGGGCUAUCCACCGGGGCGAGGGCGAGGACAGGAAUACUACAAGGACUACACAUACACACACAACUAACAGCCCUUGAGACAGACAAUCACGCGGGCGUAAGAGGGGAGCCCCGACGCCAGGCUCCAGAGACUAUUAGAACGUGGCUGAAUGUAAAUAUUCACUUGUCAUAAACCGUUUGAAACUCAAAACUUAGAAUUCUUUUUCUACGUUAAUAAAAAUUGAUACAGGCAGCGCCGAGUGUCCUACUGUCGUGUAUACGUACGUAUGUUCUUUCCAUGGUUGCUGUUUGAGACCCUGUCCAAACCACUAUAUUUAUAUUUGCCAUGACAUGUUAUGGCCUUCCAGGUUCUUGGAUUUGUCACGUACUUUCUGUUAAGUCUCAAUUUUGAAGCGGUUUGUGAACAAGGGCGAAAGGCUAUUUUUUUAAAGGAAAUUAAUUGUGAAUAGUAAUUCACUUUUUUGCUGUUUUUUUUUACAUCCUUGGUUGUUUAAAAAAAAGUAUAUUAAAAUAAAUCCUUUCAAAUUAUGUGUGUGAUGGAUUUGAUGACCGUGUCAAGCAAUCCAUUAAAAAUCUAAACCGCUGCUCUAUCAA